AUGUAUGCUGGAGGUGCAGCAAUAGAAGUUGCAAUUUUACGUGUCAUAAGACACGAACUAUAUAACGUACAUGAUGUGACCAAUGAUAUUGCAUUAUUAAAAUUAAACAACAGUGUUGGAUUCAAUCGAAAUAUUCAACCUAUCUGUUUACCCAUUUUAUCGCAUCUUAGAACCGACACGUUCGUUGGAUCCUUCCUAAUUGUUCUAGGAUGGGGUGCCACAAGAUUUCGGGGACCAAGAGCUACUUCUCUAAUGGAAGUUGCAGUACGCGCGAUGAACAAUUCAGAAUGUAAACGAGCAUUUGACAAAAAUAAUGUCACUAUUUAUGAUACAAUGUUGUGUGCUGGAUCGUCAAUAGAACGUCGAGACGCUUGUCAGGGAGAUUCUGGAGGUCCCUUAAUGUUGGCAGCUGGUUCUCAUCAACAUUAUUUAGUGGGUAUUGUGUCUUUCGGAUAUAAAUGCGGUGAACCAGGUUAUCCAGGUGUAUAUACUAGGGUGACAUCAUAUAUCAAAUGGAUCGAAGAUAACAUGAAUUAA